AUGGCAAGAAUCAUCUAUUUUGCGGCCGUUGCUCUAGCAUCAGUACAAGCUUCUGAACAAAAAUGUGAAGGUGUUACUAUUAAGGGAGUUAUAUAUGAAAAAGAAACGCUAAAAACUGAUUUAGAUAGCCCUUAUCAAUUUAGCAUUGAUUACAAUACCGACACUAUAUUUUUUAGUUAUUCAACACAUACCAAAGAUCAGAGAUUUCAGUUAGCCUACCUAAAUCUUAAAACGAAAGAAUUUAAUACAAUAACAACUAUAACAGAUGGAUUUGCAUCGGCGGUUGACUUGGAAAAUAACAAACUUUUCUUGGGCGGCAAAGGUGGAAUUUAUGAUUUCAAUUUGAAGUCAAAACAAACAAGCCAUCUUGGUGCAUCAAGUCAUAAUAUUUGGCAAAUGUUUUAUAAAGAUGGUUUGUAUUAUACUGUAUACCCACACGAAGAAGCUUAUACUUUUAACGACGGAAUUUCUAAGAAAGUGACUGAAUUGAGUGGAACAAAGGUUAUGCUUAUUGCAAUGGACAGAAAUAACAAUAUUUACUUUACAAAUUCGUCUGGUUUGUUUAACUAUAAUAAAUCAAAUAAAAAAAUUAUUAAUUUAGGUGAACACGUUAUAAACGGACUAAAUACUGACAUUAAUGGUAAACUGUUCUUUUCCUCCCCAAAUGGUAUAUAUUCGAUAAAUGAAAAUCUAAAUAUUGUGGAACAUAUUGUUACCCUUGAAAGUGUGUUUUCGGUUGCUAUAGCCAAAGAUGGUAGUAUAAUAUACGGAACAGACGAUAGCAUAAUGCGUCUUAAAAAAAGUGACAAAUGCCAAUUAUGA